AGAGUAUAUAAGCCUCCAUCAGACACUUGCGAAUCAGAGCGUAAGAAGCAACUCACAACAUGAGGAAGAUUCACCGCCAGCUGUGUUUUCUUGCAAGCCUGGUGCUUGUUAUUCACGCAGGACCGAUUGCACAGCCUGCUGACAAAGAUGAAGCCACUGCAGAGCAUUACCUGAAGAGUUUUUACAAUCUAACAGAUGUAACAAAUGUAAAAACUGCCUUCCGACAAGGGUCCAGUCUGACUGAGAAGAUGAAAGAGAUGCAGAUAUUUUUUGGGCUCAAGAUCACUGGAACGCUGGACAAAGAAACAAUGGAGGUGAUGAAGAAGCCCCGCUGUGGAGUUCCAGAUGUUGCUGAGUACUCCACGUUUGGAGGCAGACCCAAAUGGCAGACCAACAAGCUCACUUACAGGAUUGAGAACUACACCCCUGACAUGUCAGUAGCAGAGGUGGAGGAUUCCAUCAAAAGGGCCCUACAAGUGUGGGCAGAUGUCACUCCUCUCAGAUUCACCCGAAUCUACAGCGGCAUAGCUGACAUCAUGAUCUCCUUUGGUUCAAAAUAUCAUGGUGAUGCUUACCCAUUUGAUGGACCACGAGGCACUUUGGCUCAUGCUUUCGCUCCCUCACCUGGAAUUGGUGGAGAUGCACAUUUCGAUGAUGAUGAGUUUUUCACCUUCCGCUCAUCAAGAGGUUUUGUCUUGUUCUUGGUGGCAGCCCAUGAAUUUGGUCACUCUUUGGGUCUUUCUCAUUCCAACGUUCCUGGCGCUCUGAUGUUUCCCACUUACAGCUUCACUGAUCCGGAUCGUUUCUCUCUGCCCUCUGAUGACAUCAGAGGGAUUCAGUCACUCUAUGGCCCAAACAGUGACAGAACCCCCAUCCAACCUGAUCCAAAAUUACCGACUCCUUGUGACCCUAACCUGAUCUUGGAUGCAGUUACAACUCUUAGGGGAGAAACAAUGUUCUUCAAGGACAGCUUUUUCUGGCGUAGUUCACCAAGCAGACGUGUGUCUCAACUUCAGAUCAAGAGUUUCUGGUCAAAUGCCCCAGAUAAUAUAGAUGCUGCUUAUGAAAAUCCAGGGCAAGAUAAAGUUUUCUUUUUCAAAGGUAGACAAGUCUGGGCUUUCAAUGGAAUAAACAUUGAGCCGGGCUAUCCCAAGACUCUCAGCCGCUUUGGUCUUCCAUCAUUCAUAAAAAAAAUUAGUGCUGCCGUCCACGACAAAAUCUCAGGAAAAACACUGCUCUUCGUUGACAGGAUGUACUACAGCUUUGAUGAGAGGGCGAAGAAGAUGGACACAGGGUAUCCCAUACGAGUGGAAAAAGGAUUUCCAGGGAUGACUGGAGAGGUUACAGCAGCCCAUCUGUCCAAAGGUUACAUUUAUCUCUACAGUGGGACUAAAGUGUUUGAGUUCAGUUCCAACAGUAAGAGGCUCCUCCGUGUGCUGAAGAACAAUUACUUCCUGCCCUGUUAGUCAGGCUUAAUAAAACAUUGGUUAUUUUAAAACUACAGCACUUUUUUUUUUAAAUGCAUGGGCAUAUUUAAACAAAUUCAUUGUUUAUUGAAUCUUCUGUCUGCUGUUCAACGUUGUCAUUAGAUUUCUAAUAUAACUGUUAACUAAUUUUAAAAGAAUGUAUAUUUACAGAAUCUGUUUAAUGUUAUUUUUAAAUAAACUAAAAUGCCUAUAAGCUCAA